GAGCCACAAGACGUGUCACACACUGAGAGGGAUGAUGACAGAGAACUGUACAACUUGCUGCAGAAGAGAUCUCGAACACGACGAGGAUCAGAGGGUUACCGGAGACUGAGUUUUGAUAUCAGCGCUCAUAGACAAGUCCGCAAAGGCGUGAAGGAUCGCUGGAGGGUUCUUUUGGAAAACUUAGGUUUCCGCAAUGAAGCUGACUCCUUGCUCACCGUCACUUCAAAUACAUCCUAUAACAGCCUGCGUGAUCCCACAGAGGCUCGCCGCCUGCUCAAUCUGCUAGCUCAAGAGACCAGUAUAUUUGAACAGCACACUAUCCCUCCUGAGAGGUACCUCUUCGUCUUGGACCGCCUCAUCGUUCUCGAUAUGGGAACAGAAUUUGUGUCCAUUGCCAGACGGUUUUAUCCACCAGAGCCCUUAACAAGCAAUGAGAAGGAAAUUGCGGAGCCAGGUACGGCAGUCUUAGUGAGUCCUGGCUGGCAGGAGACCGAAGAUGGUGGGAAUAAAGAUGAAGAAUGUGCUGAAGUGGAUGAAGAUAGCUUCCUAGUCAACCUGCUUGAGUGA